UCUCUCUCUCUCUCUCUCUCUCUCUCUUUAUUUCCAAGUCACAGUCACGGCGCUCUCUCAGGGGAAAUUCUCACGCGAAUGGGAAAAUCGUAGUGGUUGGGAGUAAAACGCUUCACUCGCUUUCUCGCCCUGCCGGGAACAAUGGCGGUUGCCGGGAAAUCCUCCGGCCAACACCAGACCUCCGGAGACUCUCUUGCCGACAGUUUCACUGCUAAAACGUCAAUUCUCGGGUUGAAACUUUACGUUUUGAUUGGAAUAGGCGUUGCGGUUCUGAUCGUGGUCUCUGUUAUGAUUUUUCUGUGCGUUCGUUCGAAUCGAAGGUCGAAACGGAGUCGAAUGCGAGUGAAGCACAGUUCAGGCUUGUUGCCUCUGGUCCGCAAAGAGACGGCCGAGAUCAAGGGCUCGGAUCGCGCCGAGAAGUGCGAAAUCCGCGAGUUUGAGAAAGAGAGCAAAGGAACUGGAAUUGGAGUGUUGGGAAAAGAGAUUAGGGUUGAGAUUGAGGGGAAGAAAGGGAGUUCAGGAAGUAAUCUGUCUGGCGGAAGCCAGAGCGAGACGUCGUCAUCGGCCGUAUCGGCGGACGUCCCGAACAUUGGAUGGGGGCGGUGGUACAGCUUGAAGGAGCUGGAGAUGGCUACCGGUGGAUUUGCCGAGGAGAACGUGAUCGGUGAAGGUGGCUAUGGCAUUGUAUAUAGGGGAGUAUUACAGGAUGGAAGUGUGGUCGCUGUGAAAAAUCUUCACAACAACAAGGGUCAGGCAGAGAAGGAGUUCAAGGUGGAGGUAGAAGCAAUUGGAAAGGUAAGACAUAAGAACCUGGUGGGUCUAAUAGGUUACUGUGUUGAAGGUGCUAAAAGGUUGCUGGUGUAUGAAUAUAUAGACAAUGGCAAUUUGGAGCAAUGGUUACAUGGCGACGUAGGACCCGUUAGUCCUCUAACUUGGGAUAUUAGAAUGAAGAUCGCAGUUGGCACUGCAAAAGCGCUAGCCUAUUUACAUGAAGGAUUAGAACCUAAGGUUGUGCACCGUGAUGUAAAAUCUGGUAAUAUUCUACUGGACAGAAGAUGGAAUGCUAAAGUAUCAGAUUUUGGACUGGCCAAGCUCUUGGGACCUGAGAAAAGCCAUGUCACUACACGAGUUAUGGGAACAUUCGGAUAUGUGUCUCCAGAGUAUGCCAGUACAGGUAUGCUUACUGAGGGAAGUGAUGUGUAUAGCUUUGGAAUUCUACUCAUGGAACUAAUUACGGGAAGGACCCCAGUUGAUUAUUCCAAACCACCUGGAGAGAUGAAUUUGGUUGAUUGGUUUAAAGGAUUGGUGGCUAGCCGGCGCGGGGAAGAGGUACUUGACCCCCUGAUUCAAGUACCACCCUCUGCAAGAGCUUUGAAGCGGGCAUUAUUGGUUUGCCUUCGCUGUAUCGAUCUUGAUGUUAAAAAGCGACCAAAGAUGGGGCAAAUUGUACAUAUGUUGGAGGCUGAUGAGUUUCCUUUUCGCUCUGAGCCGCGCACAACCAAAGAGACAGCUCCUCUCCGUUCCCCUGAAUCUGUUAGUAACCAAGUCCCACUUGGAUCAAACGUUGCGGGCGGCGACAUUCAAGCACCCCGAUGGAGAUGAUCAUUUUCUGCUCGAGAUACGAUGUGCAUUGGGAGGUAAAAUAUUUUCUCUAGUGUAUAAUCUUUUGUUUUUUUUCUUUUUAAUACGAAGGGGAAUUGUUUUGUUGCUUAUGGUUCACAAUUAGUUGAUGUGUUGUAACUUAAAAAAAGACCUUUCAACCGAACCUUGUAAAUAUACAAUGACUUAGCAUACUAUGUAAAUUUCAGCUCUUUUAUUCCAAAA